AUGCUCCCUGGAUUUAAGCCAAUAGAGUUCUUGUUAAUCGUGCUUACCCAUACGGGCCAUUGCUUAUUUGUGGACUCGACCCCUCAGCUGGAACUUGGAGCCACUGCGAAUGGCCUCACAGUCCCUUUCGCGUUGACGGCCGGACUUUCCGCUCUCGGUGACACGAGGGUUGUGAUCUACGGCGGAUUCGCCGAGCUCAUUGCCGGUGCAAUUUCAAUGGGUCUCGGGGGCUACCUAGGCGCGAAAAGCGAGAUCGCUUCCUAUCGUGAGACGAGAGCUGACACGGAGCUAUUGGUCGACUCGGAUCCUGUUUCCGUGCGGUCCGACAUCCGCGACGUGUUUGGGCCCUAUGCGCUUGACCGGGCGGCUCUCGAAAGCUUAGUAGACCACUUGAGUUCAUCCCCCAUCUCGUCGACUUUCUGA